ACCUAAAAGUUAUGGCGCCAUUGCUCGAAACGAUGCUGCUAUCGAUACCUUAGGCCUUUGAUCUAUUAGAUGGCGCAACUUUUUUAAUAUUUAACAAAUUUAACUCAUAUCAGUAAAAUCAUAAAGAUCAAAGUCAAAAGGCGUUCUAAAAGUUUUAAUGUGUUUUCUUAGACAAUACACCUUUAUUUCUAAUUGUCUUUGCUUCAACUCAAAAAGGUAGUCUAGUAGGUAGUUUUGUCUUAGUUUUGUCUAUUCCGUCGCUCCUACUACCAAAUUUUUAGCCACAUGACGUUGUUGUAUGAGAGAUAAUAAUACACUUGAUUAAUUUAGCAUCUCACUACUCUCUGAUGUAAGACAUAGGUUUGGGGUGGAAGAGAUCCAAAAUUUCAGCAAUGAAAGUUGGCCAAAAUUAAGAUAUUCGGACGAAUAGCUGAGCCAAAAAUUAUAAUAACAAAUAAGAAAUUUUAAGAUUUGCGCCUCAUAUUCUGAAUAUAUUACUUUAUUUAAUAUUAAUACUAAGUACUAAUGAUAAAAACCUUAUUAAAUGUAUUAAAAGACGAAUGCAACGAUUUAGAAAAUGGAGAAAAAUAAUCAAAAGGAACGUAUUAUCGACAGUGGAAAUGAGUUUCUGAAGUAGUCGCAGAACUAAAUAAAAUAUGAGGCGAUAACAGUUUCAACGUGUUUAAGUUUUACGUAUUUUAUAGUGCAAUGAAAUGCGUGAGAUUUGACAUGUUACAUUUUAAGAUUUUCCUUCUGUUUAUGAUACCAUUAACUGUCCAGUCGUACAACAGGCGAGCUCCACCAGAAAAGAAAAUCACUAAGCCCUUCAGUAUGCCAGAUAACAUUAACAUAGACUUGGCUAAUCAACUGAAAGUCCCGAACAAGGCAUUCUGCGAGAAGAUGGCUCUAAGCGACGCCGAUUUCUUCAUGGUGAUGCCGUGGUGGUACCACUAUUGCGAAGGUCUGAAAGAAAAAGAAGAGAAAAAUACGAAUCAGAAAGUCAGAUUCCUCAGGCCAUACCAGAAAGUCUUGCAUGAGGUGCAGGAUUAUAAAAGGAAGCAGAGAAUUUGGAACGAAGUUGCAUCUAUUUUACGGCCUGCAAGACUAUAAAUAGAAAAGGAUGAUUCGUUAAAACGAGAUGUAUUGUUUUAUUAAAAUUUGAGUAUAACGAG